UCAACAACAAAUCAACCCUCAAAUUUCACUUCACAACUUCUUUCCUCUUUACUAAAAGCUAUAUACAUAUAUCUUGGCAUUUGAGCCAAACUACUCAUUGUUUCUUGACGAAGUUGUUUCAAAAUGGACAUGGUGAUGACGUUGGGAACAUCAAGCGCGGUGGUGAUUUUCACAAAGAGUAGUUGUUGCAUUUCUCACAGCAUUGAAACCUUAAUCCGUAGUUUUGGAGCAAACCCUGCCGUUUACGAGCUCGAUACACAUCCAAAUGGGAAGCAAAUGGAGAAGGCAUUGAUGGAACUAGGGUGUCAUCCAAGUGUGCCAGCAAUAUUUAUAGGGAAAGAGUUAGUUGGUGGAGCAAAUGAGAUAAUGAGCCUUAAUGUGAGGGGAAAACUUAAACAAUUGCUUAUUAGGGCUAAUGCCAUUUGGGUGUAAAAAUUGAUUAAUAAUGACUAGCUAUGUAUAUAGCAAUUAGUCUAAAUGUUUUGAUGAUAAAUUUACCACUUAAAUAGAGAGUACUCUUUUUGUUUUCUCUCACAUUUUGCUUCUUGAUGUAUAAAUAAAAACUACUUAUACUUUGGUCA